AUGCGCCCUCCACGCCGGGCGCUGGGCCAGCCUCCCGCACGCUGGCAGACCGAGCCGGAUCAUCGGCGCCGCGGCGCGCUGCCGCUGCGUCGGCGCCUCGCGCGACGGGUGGCUCGCCCUCGUCGCGGGCGACGCCGCGGCACCAGCGGGGCCCCUGCUGCUCAACCCAUUCACCGGCGAGGAGAUCCAGCUGGACGAGUCGCUGUACCAGCCCGCGCACGAGCUCGCGCCCAAGAUCGUCUUCUCGCCCAACCCCACUCGCGGCGACUUCACCGCCGUGAGCCUCGUCCGGCCCGACAUGGUCGCCGUGCAGAGGGCGUCCGACGGCGUGUCCUACUGCGAGGACACGGGCCCGCUCCUCGGCGGGGCCGUCCUGGUCGACGUGGCCUACGACGACCACGGCUAGGUCUACUGCCUGGCGAGGGACGGCGAGGUGCACGUGCUCCACGGCUCCACCUCACCCGCCGCCGCCGCCGCGUCUACCGCCGGGCGCCGCCCAUAGAGGUGGGGCCGCUGCCGAAGCUGCCCAUCGGCGCCGACGCCUUCCCCCCACCGUACGACGUUAUCGAGCAGCACACCGACGCCAAGAACCUGGUGCUCUGCGACGGCGAGCUGUACCAGGUAUGGAGGCGGCCGAGCGGCGCGGGCUCCGUCACCGUCGACGCGCCGCCCGGAGGAACCGCGCGGCGGGUCCACGUAUUCGAGGGCGCCGUCUUCGUGCUGCGGUACGACCCGGGGAACUGGCCGGGCAGCAGCUGCUGGACCGUGGCCGGGGCGAAGGAUCUGAGAGGCAACGCGGUGUUCGUCGGCAUGAACGCCGCGGCGGUGGUCCGCGGCGAGGGCGUGAGCGCCAACAGCGUGUACUACUGGGACGGCCCGCGCGGGGGAGGAGACUACGGGGCCAUGGUGUACAACGUGGCGACCGGAGCCUCCGUCCGGUGGCCGGCGGCGCCGACCGGCGGAGGCGUGUCGAGCCCCGUGUGGUACUUCCUGCCGGCGGGUGACGGGAGCCCGCGCGUGGAGGAAGAAACAACCGGCGUGGAAGCCACGUCUGGGGAGGAAACGACUUCUCUCGAACAUGACGAGGAGGAGCAUAGCGCGCAUUGUCUCAAGAAAACCAUGAAUUUGCUUGGUAGGUUAGAUUAUUCUAUCGUUUAUGGUAGUCGGUGUGAAGCUGGUGAGAACUGAUUUGCUCUUUGUUAAAUUA